AUGGGCGCAUGCAGCAUCUGAGCGUUGAAUUUAAUUGAACUCAAUAAUUUGAAUUGAACAAAUUUAUAUGUAAAUACUCACAAAUGAUUUUAAUUGAUUUUAUUCAUAGUCGAACAUAAUUUUAAUUUUCAAAUACAAAUAUACGAAUAUCACUUCAAAAACAAAAGUUUAUUUUUUCUCAAUUUUCAUGAUCAAGUAUAAAUGGUGGUGCUUGGAAGCUCUGUUUUCUCAUCAAUCUACUCACGUUAACCUUCACUAUAAAUAUAGUACUUGCUCAAGUUUUCUAAAUUCAAUUCACUCAAUAGCCAUAGCCAUGGAAGAAGAACAAUCACACUCCAAAAUCGAUCAAUCUCCUAAUAAUUUCUCCAUAGCCGUAGAUUAUGAUCACAAAGCCACAGAAUUCCGCCCAUUUUCACUAUCUUCACCUCACAUGCGAGCUUUCCAUCUCGCAUGGCUCUCUCUAUUUUCGUGUUUCUUCUCUACUUUCGCAAUCCCUCCACUUCUCGAAGUUAUUCGUAAGGAUCUCAAUCUCACCCAAACUGAUAUCGGCACAGCCGGAAUCGCCUCCUUCAUCGGUUCUAUUUUCUCCCGCCUUGCGAUAGGACCUGCCUGCGACGUGUUCGGUCCACGUGUUGCCUCCGCCACCCUGUCACUCCUCACUGCUCCGGUAGUCCUCUCCACCUCUCUAAUCUCCUCCGCGAAAAGCUUCAUAUUAGUUCGAUUCCUCAUCGGAUUUAGCUUGGCUAAUUUCGUAGCGAGUCAAUUUUGGAUGAGCUCUAUGUUUUCCGGAUGUACUGUUGGGCUUGCUAAUGGAUUCGCUGCCGGUUGGGCAAAUGUAGGAUCUGGCGUGACUCAAUUAGUCAUGCCGCUCGUAUAUACUCUGUUCACUACCUGCUUUAACGUUCCUUCGUUCAUCUCAUGGCGUAUUGCGUUUAUUUUACCAGCGAUAUUUCAAGCGGCGACAGCGAUUUUGGUACUCGUAUACGGCCAGGACUUACCUGAUGGAAACUACAAACAUAAAAUUACAAAUAAUCAAAGUGAAAAUUUCUGCAACGUACUUUUUAAUGGGCUGAAGAAUUACAGGGGAUGGAUAUUGGGAUUGACGUAUGGAUUUUGUUUCGGAGUUGAAUUGACUACCGAUAAUAUAAUAGCAGCUUAUUUUUACAAUCGGUUUCAUGUGAAUAUUGAAAUGGCAGGGGCGAUUGCAGCGAGCUUUGGGCUAGCGAAUUGUGUGUCGAGGCCUGUGGGCGGGAUUGUUUCUGAUAAAAUGGGGAAGAGAUUUGGGAUGAGAGGGCGGUUAUGGAGUUUGUGGGCGGUGCAGACGGUGGCUGGAUUGAUGUGCGUGCUGCUUGGCCGAGUAAAUACAAUUUUGGCGUCUGUUCUGGUUAUGGCGUGCUUUUCGUUGUUUGUUCAAGCUGCUUCGGGACUCACGUUUGGCAUUGUGCCAUUCGUAUCCAAAAGGUCAUUAGGUGUAAUAUCAGGCAUGACAGGAAGUGGUGGGACUUUAGGCGCAGUUAUAACACAGCUCCUGCUAUUUUCAGGUUCCACAAAAUUCUCAACUCAAACAAGCAUAUCAAUUAUGGGCUUAAUGAUGAUUGUCUUUACUCUGCCUAUUACACUUAUCUACUUCCCCAAGUGGGGAGGAAUGUUCUGUGGUCCUUCAAAUAUUCAUCAAUAUGAUGAAAACUACCACCUACUACAUUAAGACUCAUCUUGGAUCCACAAAAUUUAAUUGAGUACUAAAGUAUAUAUAGCUAGGAGUUUAAAAUAGCAAUUUGUAUGUAUCAUGUUAUUUUGAUAUCGUUGUGAGUAGUUAUUAGUUAUUGAUAAUGUCGGUGUGUGGAGUGUCUAUAAUACAAUUUAAGAGAGCGUCUAGAUCUACACAGAAAAUUAUUCCGAGCAUAAUGUGGGGCGAAACUAGAAGCUCAUGGGUUUAGUCGAACUCAAUAACUUUUGCUCAAAUAAUGUAUUUUAUGUAUUGAGAAGUUUAAAAUAUGCAUAAAUAAUAACUUUAAAACUCAGUCAUUCAACACUUAA